CCGUGCCUCCCGGAAAACCGUCGUGGGUCUUUCGUUCCGGCUUCCGCCCGAGUUCCGGGCCGCACGUGGAAAGGCGGCGCUGCUCGAGGUCUCCACGCGCGCCGCUUUGGACCUCCCGCGAGGGCCUCCACCCCCGACACGAUGGGCGAGCAGCCGCUGGGCUUCGAGCUGGAGGUGCCGUUCCCGUCGGCCCGCGAGGCGCGCAUCGCCUGUGCGGCCCUGAGCGCCGACCCCGAGCCGCGCGGCCGCGGCGUCUCCCGCGUGGAGGAGCUGCGCCUUGGAGGGGCCACCCUGGGCGUCCGCUGGAGCGCUGCAGAGGCGCGGAUCUUGCGCGUCUCCGUCUCCUCGUACCUUGACCACCUCGGCCUCGUGCUGCGCACCAUGGACGCGUUCGGCCCACCCCAGCCUGGAUCGGCCCAAAACAACUCAGCCCAAAACAACUCUGCCUAGCGCGGGGCUCCCACAACCACUCGCAAGCUCAGCCGUCUUCCCUGCCGGCCCAGGAAUAGCCCCGGGGCCUUCCACCUGGGCUGGGAUCAGCGUACUCCACCAACACCACCACCACCAUACUCUGUUGGCUUAGCCCCUCCCUGCUCCAUCUUCCCCUCGCUUCCCCACCAUCCUUUAUCACUCGAAAGAUUUACGUUUACAUAAUAUUGCACGUAGGCAUGGGUGAGGUUAUCCCAAGCCAACGUAAAUAAAGGGUGACCCAGUUAUAAACACCCCGCUAAAAUAUGAAGGUGUUAUAGAGAUGAUCAUCUCAAAAUUUCGACACGUCUCACACCUAUCUCCAUCAAUGCUACCACUUUCCUACUCUGUUCAACCGUAACAGCUUGCUUCCACAAUACUUAGUCACCAGUUGAGAAGAGGGAUCAUUAGAAACAAUGGGGUAGCUAUGAAUGGAUCGCCAUGUAAUUCCUUUUUUGCACUGGCCUGGUCCACUCAUGGAAAUACCGCCCAGACUUAGCGCAGUCCAAGCCGGUCCAUAUACACCUCAGCCCCGCAGUCGAACUAACUACUUUAUCACAGAUUAGCCCAGCCACACCUGGCAGACAGAGUAACCUCCGCUCAACGCCCAGUUAAACACAGGUAGCACAUGGGGGUGCGAUUGUCAGGUUUAAACGUCUCCAUGUUUCACAGCUGGGAUGUGUGCGUGUGUGACCGACGAAUUUAAAUAAAUGACGUGUUACACGUGAA